AUGGCAAUCGACGAGAAGGCGGCUGACUGUGUUGAGACUGUGGAUCCAAAGACCACAACAGUAGCCACAGCCUCUGAAGAACUUGACGAUCGUCAUGUUCCACUUAGGCUCAUCAUAAUCACAGCUGCAGUAACCACAGCAUAUCUUGCCAUAAUCGUUCACAUUGUCGGAUCUGGUCUGUUGUCUCGUUCGAUUGUUGCAAGCAUUGGCGGCAGCGACAAGAUAGCAUGGCUCACUAUCGUGGUCACCCUACACCCAAUACUGCUUGGCCCACCAGUUGCUCAAGCGGCUGAUCUUUGGGGUCGCAAGUGGUUCAUUGUCGCCGCCAUGUUCGCAGGGACUAUCGGCUGUUUGAUAGUCUCCCGAGCAAACACCAUUGGUGUCGCUAUAGCAGGGCAGGCAAUUGCGGGAUUCAAUCAAUCAGCACAGGGAUUGACCCAUGCAAUUGUUUCUGAAAUAUUGCCACGGAGAUACAGACCAUGGGCUCAAGCUGGAAUCCAUGUAGCGUCUGGUUUUGGGGCCCUCAUUGGUCUCUAUGGUGGAGGGGCUUUGUGCAGAACUUCUCCUGAAGGGUUUCGAAGCUACUGGUAUCUUACCGCAGGCAUAUUUUUCGCAGUUGGCUGCAUCCUCACCUUGCUCUACAACCCUCCUGCCAGAGAACUACAACAUCUUACGCUAAGAGAGAAAGUUCGACGUUUCGAUUUGCCUGGCGUCUUUCUUUUGAUUACUUCAAUGCUUGGGAUCUGCCUCGGUCUGGGUUGGUCGCAGAAUCCGUACGGUUGGGGAAAUGCUCAUAUCCUCGUGCCAUUCAUCAUCGGCAUAAUAGGUUUGGUCGUCCUGGUAACAUAUUAUAUCUCGUUCAAGAAAGACGGUAUAGUGAAUCGUGGGUUGUUUCGUGGCUCACGAAACUUUCCUAUUGCUCUAGUCUGCCUUUUCGCAGAGGGUGUCUCCUUUUUUGCCGCCAACAACUAUUUUGGUUUUCAGGUUGGCUUGCUUUUCGACAGAGAUCUUCUCCUUAGUGGGGCAACUUACAGUAUUACUUGGAUUAGCUACAUGAUAGCGACCUCGAUUGCAGGAUGGUAUUGUUCUCGAACAGCAACGUUGAAGGUUCCGGUGAUCCUUGCCUUUGCGGCUUUUGUACUGUUUUUCGGCCUGAUGAUCUCCGUUAGGCUGGCUUCAGGAACUGAAGUUUGGGGCUAUGGUGUCUUUUUAGGCAUUGGGUUGGGAGUGUCGCUCAAUGCUUUGGUCGUUGUUGCCCAGUUAUCAAUACCGCCAGAGCUUAUCGCAACAGGUACAUCAUUGAUGCUUGCCAUCCGCGCGGCAGGUGGAACAGUUGGUCUCGCGAUCUACAAUGCUGUCUUUAAUGCAGCUUUGAGCGACAAUCUUGGAUCGAAAAUCAGCCAAGCUGCAUUGUCCCACGGGUUACCUCGAGCAAGCUUGCCUCAUUUGAUAGAGAGCCUGGCACACGAAGAUUAUGCAGCCGUUCAGAGCACCCCUGGAGUUACACCGGAAAUCAUCCGAGCUUCUGUCAUUGCAUUGAAAGAAGCUUUCAAUGUGGGCUUCCGCAAUGUUUACAUUACAUCACUCGCUGCUGCCUCUGUGGCUCUACUCGCAUCACUGUUUUUACAGGACCGCCAAGACGAAUUCACUUUUAGCAUCGACGCACCAGUGAUUGAGACAAAGGCUAAGGAUAUGCAUGAGUGA